UACUAAAAAUCCGUCAUUAGUUUCUAACAGUAACGUACAAACUACACACAAGUUCACUGUUAACAGAUUGUGUUAUUAGUGUAAACAGUUAGUUUCACGAACGCAACACAUUGAAACUUUGUCAAAGAUGCUUUGCAGACUGCAAAGUCGAAUUCUAAUCUUUAAAAGUGAUAUAAAAUCGUUAAGGCGACAAAGUAAGCUAAGUUACUUGCACAAUGUAGGAUCGGAACCUCUAAGGCCUCUGACCCUAGGCAGACUUCUAGAGAGUACCAUAGAGAAAUACGGUGCUAACUACGCCGUCAUCUCCAAACACCAAAAUAAGAAACUGACCUACAGCGAGGCCUUCGAUGAGGCAAACAGACUGGCGGCAGGUUUGAGCGCUCUGGGCCUAAAAAAUGGAGAUCGAGUAGGUCUUUGGGCGCAGAAUAUUAUAGAGUGGUAUGUCGCAUUCUUGGCUUGUGCUAGAGCGGGAUAUCUCAUGGUAGCUAUUAACCCAGCUUAUCAGCCUAGAGAACUAGAGUACUGCAUCAAUAAAGUUGGAAUUAAAAGUAUUAUAUGUGGUCAUAAGUUCAGAAAGCAAGACUACUAUGAAGUUUUGACACACGUGUGCCCGGAACUUUCAUACAGUGAACCUGGAAAGUUGAAAAGUAGACAGUUACCAACACUGCAAAGCGUUGUAACUAUUUGUGAUGAGACGUUAAGAGGCACAUACAAUUACAAAGAAGUGCUAGAACUAGCCACUGAAGACAGUAUAAACUUCAUUAAAAAAAAUCAAGAUAGAAUUAAGAUUGAUGAUCCAAUCAACAUACAGCUAACUUCUGGAACAACAGGGCAUCCUAAAGCGGCAGCUGUCAGUCAUUUUGGUCUAGUGAAUAAUGGGUAUUAUAUAGGUAAAAGAAACGAACUGGAUACAAAACAUCAUACGAUAUGCGUCCUAGUACCAUUAUUCCAUGGAUUCGGAACUGUAAUAACAAUUUCUGCCAGCGUGAACCAUGGUGCAACACUGGUGCUUCCCUCUGAUGGAUUUGAUCCUAACAAGUCGCUUGAUGCCAUAAAGGAAGAGAAUUGCACUAUAAUUCAUGGUACACCAACAAUGUACGUAGAUCUGGUGAGAGUACAGAAAGAGAGACGAGAAAAAAUUUCUCCAGAAAUAGCCGUGACUGGGGGAGCACCAUGUUCUCCAUCUUUAUUUAAAGACAUGUUGAACGUAAUAGGAUUAAAAAAAGUAAAAUCUGUGUAUGGAUUGUCCGAAGUAACUGCCAUAGUUUUCCAAUCCAUGGUCGACGAUGACGAAUACAGGUCUACGGCAACAGUAGGUCACAUUCAUGAUCAUAUUGAAGCCAAAGUUGUCGAUGCUGAUGACAAUAUCGUACCCAUGGGAACACCCGGAGAACUCUGUAUUAGAGCAUACGGUAACAUGCUGGGUUACUGGGGAGACGAUAACAAAACUAAAGAAAUUAUGGGACAGGAUAGGUGGCUCCAUACUGGGGAUCAAUUCAUUAUGAGCGAAGAUGGCUAUGGAAAAGUAGUAGGAAGGCUAAAGGAGAUGAUCAUUCGAGGAGGAGAGAAUAUUUUUCCGAAGGAAAUUGAGGAUUAUCUCAAUACACACCCACACAUAUUAGAGUCGUACGUGAUUGGGUUGCCUCAUGAAAGGCUAGGUGAAGAAGUUUGCGCCUGUAUACGAGUCCAAGAAGGACACUCCCUUACGUUAGAGGAAAUGAAGGCUUUUUGCAAAGGAAACAUAUCCCAUUUCAAAAUUCCUUCGGUCCUAGUAAUUGUGGAGGAAAUUCCAAAAACGUUGUCGGGAAAGGUUCAGAAAUUUAAACUACUAGAACACGUUGUAAAUAACAAAUCAAAUAAGUAACUGAAAAUUUUUAUACACGUUGUAAAUAUGAUUAAAAUAUUUUAACAAA